AUAAGAUGAGAGACUGUGCUAUGGCUGGCAAUGCUGUUUGGCUGUAUGGGAUCUUGUGCAGCCAAUGGGCAGAAAGAGGAGACAGAAAAUAGAUGCAAUGUUGCUGGCUCUUAACUUGCAGAAUGAAAGUUUCUUGCUCAAUGUCAGCCACGGGGAGAGUCGAGACUCUCUGCCUCCAGUCACUGGGCUGAGCCGGACAGCACACAGUGUGGUGGCAGUCUGCCUGGGCUGUAUCUUGGUACUUGGAUCUCUGUACAACUCUUUCGUACUUCUCAUAUUCAUCAAGUUUACAGCAAUCAGAACCCCAAUAAACAUGAUCCUGCUGAAUAUCAGUGUCAGUGACCUAUUGGUCUGCAUAUUUGGGACUCCGUUCAGCUUUGUUUCCAGUGUAUCUGGGGGCUGGCUGCUGGGGCAGCAGGGGUGCAAGUGGUAUGGAUUCUGCAAUUCCCUUUUUGGAUUGGUAUCUAUGGUUUCGCUUUCCAUGUUGUCCUACGAGCGUUACCUUACAGUACUGAGAUGCACAAAAGCAGACAUGACAGAUUACAAGAAGUCAUGGCUUUGUAUAAUUGCGUCGUGGUUCUACUCCCUGUGUUGGACCCUGCCACCUCUCUUUGGCUGGAGCAGUUAUGGCCUUGAAAGCUCAGGCACCACCUGUUCAGUUGUAUGGAAUUCAAAAUCCUCCAACAACGUAUCCUACAUAGUGUGCCUUUUCCUCUUCUGUUUGGUCCUGCCCCUGCUCGUAAUGAUGUUUUGCUAUGGACACAUUGUCAGAGUAAUACGAGGGCAGGUCUGUAGGAUCAACAUGACUGCAGCUCAGAAGAGGGAACACCGCUUACUUUUUAUGGUGGUCUGCAUGGUCACCUGCUAUCUUCUGUGCUGGAUGCCCUAUGGUUUAGUCUCUUUGAUGACAGCAUUUGGAAAACCUGGAAUGAUCACACCAACAGUUAGCAUUAUACCCUCUAUUUUAGCCAAGAGCAGCACAUUUAUUAAUCCAUUAAUUUACAUCUUCAUGAACAAACAGUUUUACAGGUGUUUUAAAGCAUUACUCAAAUGUGAAUCGGGUCCUCACCAUUCUGAGAAUUCUACUUCUCGACAAAGCAGGGAGAUGCGGCUGGAAACAAGGUGCAAGGUUCAAAGCAGCAUCUUUUAUACAUACAAAGCCAGGAGGACAAAGGACACGACAACUUCACCAGAAAUGCAAAGGAAAUUGACUCUUACAGUACAUUACAGGGAUGAUAGAUGAGCUUUCAUGUCAGACCUCCUGCUAGAUAAUCACAGCACUGGCGUGUAAAUGACAAGAAAGACAUCAUGAAUUUGAAAUAUAAGUACAAAACAGGCACAUUGAAUGAAUCAACUGUCUUUGAUAAUAACAGUAAUAACCAAGAACAAAAUAGUGUUCUAUGUAUCCCACAAUCCUAUAAUUCUGAGAGGUUUAUUCAACAUAUUUUUUUCUCUGCGAGGACUAAAUCUGUAUUUGUAUCUUGUACUUGACAGCAAUAAGCUGUUACUAUAUGUCAGUCUUAACAUAAAGUCAGAGUAAAUGACAAAAUCAAUUGCUAAUCUCUCCACCCCUAUCCAUGCGCAAGCUUGUCCCUGGGUUCUGAAUUCUGAUAUAUUGACUUUAAGAAAGUUUCAGCUUGAGUUAUCUAUAUCUAUCACAUUUGCUGGGCAUCAGUGCAUCUGUCUGUAUGUAUGGUAGACAAGCUGUCAAUAAGAGGCAAACAACUUUCAAUCAUGGGUGAAGUUCUGCUGUAACAGGAGUUUGUCAACCAAGGAGACUCAGGCAUUCAGUGGUUCCAGGCUCUCGGUUUCCUUAUUAUAUGAGAGUACAUCUGUAGGAGGUAAAGUUCAUAUAUACUGUUUCUUUGAGUAGAGAGCCUCAAAGGAAACCUUUGUGCUAAUAUUUGUUAUUAUUUACUGUAUUGACUAAAUCUAAAAACUGUGUGUGCAAAGGUGAGUGCUACAAGAAUAACUAAAUAACUAGGAUGAUAUGUAGAAUUUUACAGCAUUCUCAAGUGGCACACAGGGUAGACCAUGUCUUAUUAGACAACCCUACUAAUCAUUAGGGACAUUUUCACACAACAACGAGCUCAUUUAUAAACACUGGACAAAUUUGCACCUGGAUAGUGCCUUUAAGGAAGGCUGGGGAUCCAGGCAAAAUGUUAGUCUUCGCUUCAGUAAACUCCGUUGAAUUUCAUAAAACUGGUGGUUGCAUAUACUGUUGGUGUUUCUUUGUUUAUGCCUAUUACAGAUGUACCCAGGCAAGCUAGAGGAGGUACACUUGAGCGCCUACUAGUGAUGUUCGGGUUGAUAUAUUGUUGACACGCACCCGAUCCUAACCCACCGAUCAAAACCAGUGCCUGGCCCAGCCCAUGGGUCCACUUCUACUUAUAUACCCAUCUGCCCUAUCUCUGAUGUCAUGGAGGGGGGCAGGGCAGGCUCACAUCUGUAAAUAGACUUUUCCGGAUGUAGGCAUAAGUCGCGGGUGGGAAUGGAGGCAGGAAGAGCUCGGCCUGAACCUGCCUGCGGUCCAAAUAUUUUGAGUGUCAGUCCAAACCUGACUGACCUGCGGGUAAGCCUGCAGGUUCUGCAAGUUUCGGGCCAGCCUACACAUCAUUAGUGCAUAAAUAUAUUUCUAUUAUAUAUAUAUAUAUCCAAAUAAUCCAGAUAUUUAAAAUGAUUUCCUUUUUCUCUGAA